CUUUGUUUGUCUUCUUUACUUACAGCGCAUCCCGGCAAAUGCUUCGACAAGAUCACACGUCGCGCCAUGUUGCCCAACAAGGAGUACAAACCGAAGGGCAUUUGCGCUGCCAUGACCUGCGAUAUCAGAACACUGACCAUUAAUAUUGAAACCUGUCCCUACGUGGAGAUGCCCGGCUGUGAGGAGCUGCCCGCAGAUCCCACAUGGUCAUUCCCAAAAUGCUGUCCGCAAUUUAAGUGCACCGACUUCAAGACCGGCAAAGAAUUCGUCGUGUCGCUGUAGUGCGUCUUCCGCGGGACCGUCCCAGUGCUGUGUCUUCUGAAAAAUCGUGUGCAGCGUAGACCAGCGUAUAGCAGCGUAGAAUCUUCGUUCGUCACACGCCUGCCCGAUGCCUUUAGGCUUUAAGUACAAUAAACAAAUCGUGAUUUUAUACUUUGUAUUUAAUAUUGUAUGUAAUUUAACUUGUUCGUGUGUGUGUGUGUGCCGAGGAGCCAGUGUGUGUGUGCGUGCCAUCAACAAUUUGUGAAAUAUCUCAACUCCAUUGUUACUUCAUUGAUAAUUUAUUAAUUUAUUUAUAAAAAUCAACAAAAAAUUUGUAAAUACUCGUGUAACUUCCCUCAUUGUUUCCAGUGAACUCGUUUAUUUAUAAUUGAAACAUUCUUAAUUUAUGUAUUUAUGUAUUUAUGUUCAUGUAUGAAAGUUUGUAUCUCGCAUUCUCGUAUUAAGCAAUCGAAAGUAACUCUAAAAUCUGUUAAAUUAUUUAUUGAGAAAUCUUCUCCUCUUCUUAACUUUGAUUUAUUCAAAUAUUAUUUAUAUUUGCGAUAUUUGCAGACUUAACUUAUUUUAAGUUUAUGUUUAGUUUUUUAUAAAUUAUAAAUUGAAAAAAAAAUUGCAUAAAAAAGAAAAAAAUAAAUAUAAAACAA